UUCAAAUUGUUGAACUUCAAUGAGUCACUUCUUUACAUCAAAACAAAAAAAAUUAAAUAAUUCCUGUAUAAUUUCAAGAUGAAUCGAUUAUUUGGAAAGGCAAAGCCAAAGGAACCUGCACCGAACAUCAAUGAUUGCAUAACGAGUGUGGAUCAAAGAGCUGAGGGAAUUGACAAAAAGAUCCAGACACUCGAUAAUGAGCUGCGUAAAUACAAAGAUCAGAUGGCUAAAAUGAGAGAAGGUCCGAGUAAAAACGCAGUUAAACAGAAAGCCUUACGUGUCCUUAAACAAAAGAAACAAUAUGAGCAGCAAGUCGACAAUCUUCGAAAUCAGUCAUUUAACAUGGAGCAGGCAAAUUAUGCAAAUCAAAUGUUGAAAGAUACACAGGCAACUGUUGUCGCAAUGAAGGACGGAAUGAAGUCAAUGAAAAAAGAAUUUAAGAAAAUUAACAUUGAGGAUAUUGAGGACUUACAAGAUGAAAUGGCUGACAUGUUAGAACAGGCUGACGAAGUUCAGGAAGCACUUGGUAGAAAUUAUAAUAUGCCGGAAAUGGAUGAAGAUGAUCUACAGGCAGAAUUAGAUGCAUUAGGAGAUGAAAUUGCUCUUGAUGACGAUACAUCGUACUUAGACGAUGUUAUUAAAGCUCCUGGAAUUCCUGACAAGGAGCCUGGUGCCGAUAGUAUCGUUGCGCCUCCGCAGAAAAAUAAAGAUGGCAUUUUAGUCGAUGAAUUUGGCUUGCCUCAAUUACCAACAGCCUCAUCAUCUAAACAUUAAAUUCAUGAAUUCUUAUUCUUUAAUAAAGAACUUACUAAAUUUUAUUAUUUUAAAUCUAAUGAAUAUUUUAUGUCGCUUAAAAUGGAUAAAAAAAUACAAUUCAUGUAGCUAUUUCCGUUUAAGUUCUCGC